AUGUCCACGCCAACGGAGGUACGUCCAAUUCCUAGGAGAGAAAGGAGAACUUCCAUAUUAGAUAUGGGAGGACCCAACUCCAUCAACAAUUUUGCAUCGUCGUACACUAGAGCACAACAAUAUAUCGGAUCUACAUUAAUAGAGCAGGGCGGGAAUCUUAUAGAGCAAUUGUCGCGUCAACCUUCUGUGAGUAACGAAGAAGCAGUUGAAUUUGUAACUCCAGACCUGUAUGGUCCAUUUCGAUUCCAAGCCACGAAUGAAGUUGAUGAAGAAUGUGCAGUUGAUACUGAGGAGACUCUGUUGUUACCUGAACUAUCCAGAAUUUCUACAAAGAGAAGUUCAUUCACAAUAAUCACAGGGAACUCGACAGUUCCACAGACCGUGUUCAAUUCCGUUAAUACACUCGUGGGAAUUGCCAUGUUAACCUUGCCAUUUGGAUUUAGGUUGUCUGGGUGGUUGUUUGGAAUGUUGUUUAUGUUAUUUACUGCAUUUUGUUCCAACAUCACUGCAAAAUAUUUAGGAAGAAUUUUAAGGCAGUAUCACCAUCUCCUGACCUAUGGUGAUAUUGCACAUGAAUUCGGUGGUCCAUAUUUCCUGUAUUUCGUCACAUUUUUCUUCAUCUUUGAUUUAACAGGAGCUUCAUUAACUUUGAUUAUCUUGUUUGCUGAUUCGUUACUGAUAGUAUGGCCACAUAUCCAUGCUCUUAAAAUUAUAAUUGUGGGGUUGAUCUUUCUUUUGUCAUUAUUACCUUUGAGUAUCUUGUCUUUAUUCAGUUUAUUAGGAAUAUUGGGUACUUUGUGCAUCAUAAUAAUUAUCGUAUUAUGUGGGUUUUUGCUGGACCAACAGCCUGGAUCCUUGAUCUUCCCUGAAGCAACUAGCAUGUUACCUCCAGCAUGGAAAAAUUUGUUGUUUAGUUUAGGUAUCUUUAUGGCACCCUGGGGUGGACAUCCUGUAUUUCCUGAAUUGUAUCGCGAUAUGAGACAUCCUGGAAAAUACAGUAAAAGUUGUAAUAUUUCAUUUUCAACUACAUUUUUCUUGGAUUUGGCUAUUGGAGCAUUGGGAUAUUUGAUGUUUGGGAAUACGGUGGAUGAUUCUAUCAUCAAAACUAUUAUGAAUAACCCACAUUACCCUAAAUACAUCAACAAGAUAUUAUGUCUUCUCAUGGGUUUGCUUCCCUUAUCUAAAUUGCCCUUGGUUACAAAGCCCAUAAUUACUAGUUAUGAAAACGUAUUUGGAUUGACUCCGAAAUAUGUUGUAGUGGAUAAGGAAGGGCAAUUGGCAGAUACCUAUGGAUUUACCAGAAUAGUUGCCAGGGCAAUCUUUUUCAGUUUACUAUUAGCACUCGGGUUGUUAUUCACUUCAUUUGGUAAAUUAGUUUCAUUUUUGGGAAGUGCAAUUUGUUUUACUGUUUGUUUAGCAUUGCCAUUAUUGUUCUAUAUGAAGUUGAAUGGGGAUAAUAUUGGAACAAUACAUAAAGUUUUCCUCAAGAUUGGUGUUGUAUUAUCUUUGUCAGCUGCCGUUAUAGGAACAUAUUCCUCACUUGCAAUGAAUGUGACCGAAUGA